UUGUUUCGCGGUCCCGGUUUUCUCAACGUCUGUUGCAGCGGCGGCGGUUCGACGAACAGUCGUCCUCGUUGGGUUUUAUCCGAGGGAGCAGGCGGAGAGCAAUGAGCCUGGUUCUGACCCAACAACAGGCCGAGGCGCUGCCAGCUUCCAUCCACACGGCACCAGAGAGCGACCCGGACAGCGGGAUGGACUCUCCUGCAGAGGGAGCGGCCGCUGACACCGGAGACAAGAACCUUCCAGACUCUGGUGAAGACGUGUGGACUCACAGGAAGCCUCGUCGCAACGCCAUCACUGACAGCGAGGAGGAGAGGAGCGUGGCCGAAGCUCGGCUGCUGCCCGUCUCCAGUGGAGAAGAGGAGGAGGGCAGGAGGAAGGCUGAAGGAGCGCAGAGGAGCAGGAGAAUCACCCGGGCUCCUGUUGAUAGUGAUGACAGUGAGCAGGAGGUGAAGAGGAGCCGGCGACAUCAAGACAGAAAGGACAAGCGCAGCAGAGCGGUUGAGAAGCUCAAGAAGAAGAAGUUCUGUGGAAGAGCUGAAGGCACGCCUCGUCCUCUGAAUGACAGCGGCUGUCCUCUGGGGGACACGGACCUGUUUGACACCGGUCUGGGUGAUGAAGAGGAGGAUGAAGAGUCUCUGAACGCCAUCCGAGCUUCAGUCAAACAGAAGCUGAAGAGACACCAGGGUGAAGAGCAGGACGAGGAGGUUCCAGGGAGGCUGCAGCGAGUGGAGAGGAAAGCUGCUCGAGCCAGCAGGGAGGCCAUGAAGCAGCUCCACAGCGAGUCCCAGAGGCUUGUCAGAGAGUCCACACUCGGUUUGCCGUACCACCUCCCUGGUCCAAAGACCAUCGACCAGUUCUACAAGAGGAGAACCCGUCCUGAUGGGCCCUCCAUGGCCUUACUGAAGUCCAUAAAGUACUCAGAGGUGAUGAUGGAGACGCCUCCUCCUGUUACCAUGGACGCUGAGCAGGAGGCUCCUCCCCCUCUGGAUCUGUCGUCCAAUCAGAUACAGCCUCUACUCGAGCCUGCAGCCACCUCCUCCCCUCAGCAGGAGAACCAGGGCUCAGACCCGGACCCCGAGCCAGAGUCCAGUCCGAUGCUGUAUCUCUCUGAGAGUCUGCAGGAGUCGCUCGGUGCUGAAGUUGCAGCCUCGACACCCGACCACAGCCAGACUUCAGCAGGUUCUGAAGUCCACCAGCCAGAACCUCUGUGUGAGCCUGUUCCAGAGCCUUCAGCCGGACCCACCAAACCCAGGAGGGACAAGCUGGCUCGGCUGAAGGAGCUCGGGCUAGACCCCCCACCCGUGGCUAAGCUGUGUCCAGAUGAUGGAGCGUUCGUUCAGCUCGAGCCCCCGCAGACCAACCCUGGUGUGGAGGCCCUGAAGAGACGCUACCUGCGCCACGUCCACGCACCUGUCCGCCCGGCCUCGGAGCGCAUCGUGCAGCUCACCGUUGUCCGCAAAGACAGCGCCUCCUCUGGACGGGAGGAGCUGUGUGCAGAGUCCAUCUCCAUCACCAUCAAGGAGGACGCCGGCGAGCCGGGAGCCACAAAACCAGGAGACAAGCUGCUGACGCUGAAGCAGCGCCUGCAGCUCGCCAUGGCCCGACGCAGGAAGGAGGAGAGAGUCCGCAAGGAGGAGCUGCACCGCCUCGACAAUGAAGACUGCGAGGAGGAAGAGGAGGACAUGACCGAGUCAGAGGAGGAAGAGGAGGGAGUCGAUGAGCUACUGGGAGGUGGGGAGGAGGAGGUUAAGGAGGAAGAGGAGGGUGUGGCUCCAACUAUGAGGAGUCCUUCUCCUGCCGUGCAGAACCCGGACCUUGUCACCACAGACGGGACUCUGAUCCUGUUCCCUGGCAGCUCGUGUUCCCGUACCGGAGACGGGCUGAAGAAGUCCGGCCCGGCUGGACUCGACGGCAGCAGUAAGACAGAGGAGGAAGACUCCCUGUCCCUGAUGAAGGACCACAACAGCAGCUUUGAUCUGGCCGGGUCCAUGAUCACCUCCUACCAGCCCGUCAACCAGCGCUCCACAGGAAGGGGCGGGGUCAACGCCUUCCGCUCGCCUUCGCCCUGCUUCUUCAGGCCCAGCUUCCUUGGCUCCGCCUCCAAGAGCUCAGGACGUCUCUCGGAGCCGUCUCUCUGUCUCCCUGUGGAGGACUCCCAGGACCUGUACGCUCCUCCGUCCCCUGGAGUCGACUCGGGGCUCCUGGGAGAGGCCACUUCCUGUCCCGGACUGGGCGGAGACUCUCAGGGGCGGUUCUCUCUAGAGGACGACGCCCACUCUCAGCUCCUGGACGCAGACGGGUUCCUGAACGUGGGACCUCGGCCCGGAGCGCCCACCUCCCACAAAAGACAGCUGGUCCUGGACAGUCUGGACGAGAACGCCAUGGACGCCAACAUGGGGGAGCUGCUGGGCCUGUGCUCUGGGGGGUUCGGGUCGAGGCGGGCCGGAGGCCUCAGGACCUCGCAGGAGGACGAGCUGCUGGACCUGUGUUCAGGAGCGUUUCCUCCCACUCAGGCUGAGGAGGAGGAGGAGGAGGAGAACACCAUGGACCAGCUGCUGGGGCUGUGUUCUGGAAAGUUCUCCAGUCCAGGUCCGGCUGCAGCUGAUCAAAGAACCAAGGUCCCUGCGGAGGAGGAGCAGCAGGAGGAGCAGCAGCAGCAGGAGGAGGACUGUGACUUUCUCCUCCUGUCUGAUGUAGAAAGUGAUCAGGAGGAGGAGCAGGCGGAGGAGGAGUCUGUGUUUGCUGCCUGUCACAUGAAGAAGAAGAAUAAAAUGACUCUGAUGGACUACGUGGACUCGGAGGCGGAGCUCUCCGGCAGCGACGUGGGCAGCGACGAUGAGGAGGGCGACAGAGGGAGCGAGUACGAGGAGGAGGAGCUCCUGGAGGAGCUCCCCUCUGAUGAGGAGCUGCAGAACCAGGUCAACAAGAUCCACAUGAAGCAGGUUCUGGACGAAGACAAGCGCCGCCUGCGGCUCUACCAGGACCGGUACCUGGCUGACGGGGACCUCCACUCAGACGGGCCGGGCCGGGCCCGACGCUUCCGCUGGAAGAACACGGAUGACGGGUUCAACACGGACCGGACCGGUGCCGAGGAGGAGGGUGAGGGUGAGGAGGAGGAUGUGGACCCGGCUGAGGUCCAGAGGAGGAAGGACCGCCUGGAGAGGGAGCAGUGGCUCAGAGAGCAGUCUGAGCAGAAGUCCAGGAGCGGGGAGGAUCUGGACCAGGAUGAUGGUGAUGAUGAUGAAGACAGCCGCUUCAUGAAGCUGGCCAAGAAACUGACGAGCAGAACUCUGCAGAGAAAAGAUCCGUUUGGUUCUGAUCGCUUGACCCAACUGGACCUGAAGACCGCCUCGGUUCUGAACCCAUUUCAGAAACCGUCCGAACCUCAGCAGGUCCGGAGGGGUUCUCUGCUGGGCCGGCCUCAGUCAGUCCUGCAGAGACUGGCCUCGGUCUCCGAGGGGAACCUGCUGGCCCCCAGGAGCAGCCGGGGCUUCCUGUUCCAGACCCUGUCCCCUGAGAAGACCGGGUCCGACGGAGCUCAGAACCAGGCGCUGAAGCGGAGAGGUCCAGUCGGAGCGAGUCCAGCAGCCAAGAGGAUCUGCAGGGAGACCAGACCCACAGGACCGACCCAGAACUCCCACCAGAGGAGCAUCUUCACCUUCCUGGACCAUUGA